UAUCUUGAAAAGUAUUUAUCAAAAAGUCUUAAUAUUUCACAUAUUGAUUGGUCAUAACUAGUAGAUGACCCCUAUUGAUUUUGGGGUCACUAGGUCAAAGGUCACAGGGACCUUAAAUGUCUGAAUGGUUUCCGCUGAUUAUUCAUCAUAAGUCUACAUUUUUUCACAUAUUGAUUGGUCAUAGAUAGUAGAUGACCCCUAUUGAUUUUGGGAUCACUAGGUCAAAGGUCAAGGUCACAGGGGCCUUGAACGGUUAUAUGAUUUCUGCUUAUUAUCUUGGUUUCUAUUUAUCACAAAGUCUUCAUAUUUCACAUAUUGAUUGAUCAUGUUUGUUUGUUUGGGUUUUACGUCACAUAGACACAGUAUAGGUCAUAUUGGGAAGUUCCAGCUUUACUGGUGGAGGAAGACCUCAGGUGCCCUUCCGUGCAUUAUUUCAGGCACGAACAGGCAACUGAGUAGAACCACCGACAUUCCGUAAGCUAGCUGGAUAGCUUCCUCACAUGAAAGAAUCCAAAGUCCUUGUGGGGAUUCAAACCCACAGCGAUGAGGGGUAAGUGGUUUGAAGUCAACGACCUUAACCACUCAGCCACGGACGCCCCUUUGAUAGGUCACAAGGGCCUUAAAUGUCUCAUUAUCUUGAAAACUAUUUAUCACGGACGCCCCUUUGAUUGGUCAUAACUAGUAGAUGACCUCUAUUGAUUUUGGGGUCCCCAGGUCAAAGAUCAAGGUCACAGCGUCUUUGAAUGGUAGUAUGAUUUCAGCUCAUUAUCUUGAAAGAUAAGUAUCACAAAGUUGUCAUAUUUCGUAGUGAUUGGUCAUAACCAACAGAUGAUCAGUAUUGCUUUUGGGGUCACUAGAUCAAAGGUCAAGGUUACAUGGGCCUAUAAUGUCAGAAUGGUUUUCGCUGAUUUAUAAUCUUGAAAACUAUCUAUCACAAUGUCUUCAUAUUUCACAUACUGAUUGGUCGUAACUAGUAAGUGACCCCUAUUGAUUUUUGGGUCACUGGGUCAAAGGUCAAGGUCACAGGCUUCUUGAAUGUUAGUAUGGUUUCUGCUCAUUAUCUUGAAAGCUUUUUAUCACAAAGUCUUCAUAUUUUAAAUAUUGAUUGGUCAUAACUAUUAGAUGACCCCUAUUGAGUUUGUGUCACUAGUUCAAAGGUCUAGGUCACAGGGGCCUUAAAUGUCUCAUUAUCUUGAAAACUAUUUAUCACAAAGGGUUCAUUAUAUUUCUUUUUUUCCAUAAUUGAACACUGCCAUGUACACAUGUAUGGCAAGUAUCUCUAACAAAAUUACCAAUAAUGUGAGUCAAAGGCUAGAAAGGGGGCAUAUGUGUUGUUUGACAUUUCUUGAUGGCUUUGAUUUUAAGAUUUGUGCAUUAGUUUAGGGGCAUAUGUUAACCAACCACAUUUUCUAUUCUGUUGUUCUUUUCUGUGAAAACCCCCUUUAAGUUCAACUGGAUGCAAUUUAAGAGCAGAAAGGUAUAUGUAAUGAGGUAUAAUGUAACAUUCAUUUAGAAUCACCAUCUUUUUUAUCAAUGAUUGUAAAAUCUAUUGAGGUUUGUUCAUUAUUUCAGCAAAACAUGGAUGAUGCUUUUGAUGGUGAAGAUGAACCACUGCUACCUGACUCAGAUAAAGAAGAUGAAACCCAACGAAGAGUUCCUGUGGAAGUUCAUGAUACAAUACCUCAUCCCAAUAAAGAACAAGGGGAUAAUGAUAAUAAGAAUUAUGAUGAUAUAAAUGGUAAUGAUGUAAAUAGAGGAGAGGUAUUUGAUAGUGUCCAUGAUGAAAAUGUAAAAAUAGGUGGACAUAAAAAUAAUGAAACAAGUCUAAAAUCAGACAAAGUUAAAGAUAGCUCUUCAGAUGAAAGAAAAAUUGAGACAGAUAAACCUGCCACUAUACAGCUUUCAGGAACAGAAAGAAAAGAAAAGUCAACUAAGGAAAAAUUAAAAAGACGGGUAUCAAAAUCACAUGAAAGCUUAUGUCGAAACAUGGAUGAAUACAAAAAAAUGAUCAAUUACACAUUGGAUGGUAGUUUGAAGUAUCUACUGGAAAAUAUGGAACCGAUGUUAAUUCAUACAUGUUUCACAGAAAGGCAUAUGUUUGAGUACAUAUUAUUGCGGAAUAUUUCU